UGAAUGAAAUAAGUGGGCAGAGCCCUCUUUUACUGUAUAUGAAUACGGAUACAUUCAGCCUAACACAUUUCCCACCCCAUGACCAGUCACAUGACUUCGUCUGUCAGAAAUUCGAAGAUGGCUACGCAUCUGUCUUGCGGUCGGGUGAAUCUGAACAUUCUGAGGGAGGCGAUGCGUAUGGAGCUGCGGGAGUUCUUGGAUAAAUGUGCAGGGAGUAAGGCAAUUGUUUGGGAUGAGUAUCUAACAGGACCCUUUGGGUUAAUCGCUCAGUAUUCCUUGCUGAAGGAGCAUGAAGUUGAAAAAAUGUUUACUUUAAAGUCCGGUCCACUUCCUUCGUCUGAUGUUAAAAACAUUAUCUUUUUUGUCAGACCCAGACUUGAACUAAUGGAUAUAAUUGCUGAUAACAUACAGAGAGAGGAAAGAGGGCGCUUCCCACAAAGAGAUUUCUAUAUUUUGUUUGUACCUCGUCGCAGCAUUUUGUGUGAGCAGCGGCUAAAGGACCUUGGGGUUUUGGGGUCAUUUAUGCACCGAGAUGAAUACCGCCUCAACCUAAUACCAUUUGAUGGGGACCUGCUAUCCAUGGAAUCAGAAAAUGCUUUCAAGGAAUGCUACUUGGAAAAUGAUCAGACAAGCCUUUACCAGGCUGCUAAAGGGCUAACCACUUUGCAGUCUUUAUACGGAACAAUUCCUCAGAUUUGUGGAAAAGGAGAGUGCGCCAGGCAUGUGGCCAACAUGAUGAUCAGGAUGAAAAGGGAGCUAGGUGGAAGUCAGAACCAGAUAACCCCUGUGUUUGACACUCUUCUAUUGCUGGAUCGGAAUGUGGACCUGCUGACACCUCUGGCCACGCAGCUGACUUAUGAAGGGCUCAUCGAUGAAGUCUAUGGAAUUCAGAAUAGUCACGUGAAGUUACCUCCAGAAAAGUUUGCCCCUAAAAAGCAGGGAGAAGGCGGAAAGGAUCUUCCAACUGAGCCAAAGAAACUGCUGUUAAACUCUGCAGAAGAGCUGUACGCAGAGAUCCGAGAUAAAAACUUCAAUGCUGUGGGCUCAGUGCUGAGCAAGAAGGCAAAAAUUAUAUCUGCUGCAUUUGAGGGAAGGCACAAUGCGAAAACAGUGGGAGAGAUCAAGCAGUUUGUUUCACAGUUACCCCACAUGCAAGCCGAGAAAGCCUCUUUAGCCAACCACACAUCUAUUGCUGAACUCAUUAAAGAAAUAACAACUUCAGAAGCUUUCUUUGAUAAUCUAACAGUGGAACAAGAAUUUAUGUCUGGGUUUGACACUGAUAAGGUAAAUCCUUAUAUCGAGGAUUGUAUAGCUAAGAAAGAUCCUAUCAUAAAGAUUCUGCGCUUGGUCUGCCUUCAGUCUGUGUGCAACACUGGGCUAAAGCAAAAGGUUCUGGACUAUUAUAAGAGGGAGAUUCUGCAGACAUAUGGGUAUGAGCACAUAUUAACUCUGCACAAUCUGGAGAAGGCAGGAUUAUUAAAACUUCAGGCCAGCAGUAGAAACAGUUACCCAACUAUCAGGAAGACCCUUCGCCUUUGGAUGGAUGAUGUAAAUGAACAGAAUCCCAAUGACAUAUCCUAUGUAUAUAGUGGUUAUGCUCCCCUGAGUGUGCGUUUGGCACAGAUUCUGGUACGGCCUGGGUGGAGAAGCAUUGAAGAAGUACUCAAAAUCCUCCCCGGGCCUCAGUUUGAAGAACGUCAAUCCCUACCUCCCGGCUUGCUGAAAAAAAGGCAGCAGGGAGAGAACAAGGUGAUUCUGGUCUUCUUCCUGGGAGGGGUGACAUUUGCAGAGAUUGCAGCAUUGCGCUUCCUGUCUCAGAUGGAGGAUGGAGGAACAGAAUAUAUCAUUGCUACUACUAAACUCAUUAGCGGCACUACAUGGAUUAAAUCCCUGAUGGAGAAGCUUGAGCCUCCCCCAUUUUAAAGGCACAGCUCAUACUAGGAAAUGAAUCCCUGUUACCUGUGGCUGCUGAAGGGGAGAUAUCCCUAUUUAUUAUGAUUUUUUUGGCAAACUGCUAGUCCACAAUAACGAAGCGAAACUUUCAGUACAAGACACCCGGUACAGUUUGGUAAUACUGUAUGAGUGUAUGGACAGCAAGGCCUACAUUGCUACCAACAUCAGUGGCUAAUAUAUAUUGUAUGUAUAAAACAUACAGAUACUGUUCAGACCUGCUUUCUUGGAAGAGAGAAAAUGGAAGAGACUGAGAGUGAUUGUAGUUUAAAUGUUAUAUUGAAACAAAUGGCUCAGAUGUCCUGGGUUCUCAAGACUGUAAAUCAUGAUUGUUUUAUAUAGUAACUAUUAGAGAGGGAUAUAUACAUACCAGCCCAAGGACCAGUAACACCAAAAGAGUUAGGGUCCCAUAUAGUCCUUAGUAUUGGCACCAGGCUAAAGUUUUUUCUUUUGGAGGAGCCAGGGUGUGCUGGUGAGUUUUUCUUUAUCUUAAAUAUUUGCCACAUUAUAUGUGUGUAUGUACAUAUCUGUCCCAUUUUGUUUUGCCAAAAAAAUGUGCGAAAUGGCAAAGAUUUGCAAAAUGCAUUGAACUCAGUGGGCUUUUCUGCAGAAAUUUUUUCCAUGCCACUCAACUUUUUUUUUUUUUUUUUUUGCAGCCAUUGGCGUCUAUGGGCUUUUUUUCAUGGCAAAACUUGGAAAAAUAUUUUCCUCAUCACUAGUACAUAAUUUGCCCAGAAAUGCCUUUUCUGUACAGUGUUGUUCAUUCUCUAGAUUUAUAGCAAGGUAAUAAUGUCAUAGUAAAAAACACAAACGCUUCUUCUUAGGAAAAGACCUGACUGUAUUAGUCCUGUUGAUGGGAUUCACCUUAUAUAUUAUAAACUGUUUCUGCUUGCAGAAUUCAGAGCCAGGAACAGAGUGGAGAGCCUUACUGUAAAGCCUGCAUCAUGUUAUUUGCUUCAGAAACUACGGAAUAUUCUGACUAAUACUAAAUGAUAUAUAAUGUAUAUAAAUCAGUUUCUUUGCUCAGUAACCUCUUGGGGACACAUUAAGUAAAAUGCUUAACAUUUCUCAUUUUUUUAUUUUUAAAAAUUUGAAUAAACUCAUAUCCCCGAA